AUGAAACAUAAAAAUAAAUCAUCAGUCAAGAGUUCACCGCCUGUUAAUAAAACAGCAACUAUUAGAAAAUCAGCUACAAUCCAAAAAUCAGGAACAGUUGAGCAAACAUUACCUGUAGUCGAAGAAAAACAAAGAACCGUUAAAACUGAUGUCCAAAAAUCCAUUAAAGCUAUAAAACCAAAGCCGACUGCACUAUCAUCAUCCAUGAGAUUUGAUUCUCCUGAUUCUGACGAUGAAAUAAAUUUAUUUAUAUAUCGCAAUCCAAUACCAGAACCAGUACCGAAACCAAGAUCGACGUCAAAAUCAGCACCAAAAACAACAGAUAAUAAUCAAAAGAUAAAUAAACAAUCUAAGAAAAAUAUUAUUCCAAAAAAUUCUGAUCAACUACCUUCAUCAGCCAUAACACAUGAUACUGAUUCUGAAACAGAAAAACUUAAACCAGAUAAAUCACAAGUACAGAAAAGAAAAUCGGACGUGUGGACAUAUGCAACGAGAUUGAAACCAGUAACCGAAAGAAAAAUUAAAACAAAUAAUACACCAUUGGAAUUAAAACCAAAAUAUUAUGAUUUAGCUAUAAAUGCUGUUAUUCGAGAUGGAAGAGCAUUUAACGAUUUACAGAAACCAGGUCUUCUGAAAUUUAUCCAAGCUUUAGCACCUGGGUAUCAGCCACCACAUAGAAAUAUCAUUGGAUAUCGUUUAAAACGACUAAAUUCAAUACACCAUCAAAAUUUAAUUGAAGAAUUAAAACAAGUGGACACAUUAUCAUUAACAACAGAUUUCUGGUCAAACCGACAAACUGUCGAUGAUGAAGCAAAUGAUGGAGAUAAUCAAGUUAUUAAUGAUCAACAAAAUCACGUGGACUUGGAUUUGGAUAAUAAUUCAGAGGAAUUCGAAUUGAAUAAUGAUAAGUCAAAUGAAAGUUCGAGCGAUGAAGAAAUGGAACUUGAUAACAUCACAAAUAAUAAUGCAGAUGAUGAAGAAAUUAAUGAUAAUUGGGCUAUGGAUGUGAUUCAAGAUGAAACCGGAAUGAUACCAGAUCAAGAAACCGUUGGUAAUUUACUGAAGAAAUGUAGAUCUUUGGUUAAUAUGAUUAAGCGAUCUUCGAUAUUGACUUCGUUUUUUGAUUGUGAACGAAUGAAAGCUAAUAUUAAAUGUACAUUAUCAGGAGACAUGAAAACAAGAUGGAAUAGCAGCUUUAUCAUGAUUAAGAGUUUAUUGAAACUUCGUAUGAUUAUUGAAACGUUGUUUAAAGAAAAAUAUGAGCUUUUUAUUUAAAGAAAUUAAAACAUUUUAUUAGUUUUUGCUCGCUUUCUUCCGGAAUAAUUAUGACACUUUUGAAUGGUUGAACAUUUCUAUUUUCAUCAUUCGGGCUGACAAUCGGAUAUUGAUCGUAAACUUUUUUCCAAUCGCGAAUAAAACUGACUUGUAUCCAUGUGAUAAGGGUGAGAUAAUACAAAGCGAAUACGACUAUAACAGUGAACGUUUUGUCUAAUAGUCUAUCACGUUGUAGAGCGAGGAAAAGUGUCAGAGCUAAAUAUACGCAUCCGUAACCGCAGUGUAAAAUUAAGUGUGAAUAAAACGCUAUUGACAGAAUCAAUUUACGUUUUUGAUUGCUCAAUCGCGUCCACCAUUGAGUAUUUCUCAGUUUUCUUUGCCAUACCUCAAUGAACCAAAUAAGUUUUAUCGCUAUCCAUGUGGUUAGUCCGUGCCAUGUCAACAUAUUGGUUAUAGCGGCGAUUAUAUUCAUCAGUCUGAAUACAUACUUCACACAGGUGACCUUUUUCUCUAGUGGAUCUGAAUAGGAUAAACAAUCAUCAAAUGUACGCUGAUUUGACCAUCGAUUAAGAUUAAGCAUCUCCUCUUGUUGUAACCAGCAGGCAUGGACACUUGACUGAUUAUACAAUGUACUAUUCAUAAAUGUUGAACAAGUUUCAGUGCUAACUUCAGUUGUGAGUACUGUAAAGACAAAUAUGACUAAUAAUAAAUACCAUUGAAUAGGUACAGCAACAGAAUAUAUCUCUAUGAAUGUGUAUUCCAUACCCACAUCGGCCAGUUUAUUGUCAAAUUUAAAUCGUUUUUCAAGAGACUGUAUAGUCCCUCUUAUUGUAAUGUUCGACACGAGAAUAUUUUCAAAGGAAUUUGGCACUAAGCAGAUUAAGAACGGCCUCAAAUUUUCUUUUUUGCAUCGUGCAAUCCUUAUCAAAAGUAUAAAUACAAGCAGCAAAAUGUUAGCCGCGACAAGUAACGCGUGUGCAGUAAGCGUUGACAGUACAAUACCGUUGCUGUCGUAGAAAACCAUAAUUACGUCGUCUUUGAGCGAAUAGAACACCUGACAAGGGAUUCUUUUCCUCUCUCUUUUUCUCUCUCAACUGGAAAAGUGUACGUGACUAUUACAUGAACAUGUACUCUUUCUAUUCAUGCAAGACAUCAUCAUUCAUUCUUACUUCAUUAAAACCGUUUUUUUGUCCACGUCAUCUAACGGGCGAUAUACGAUAUAUUAGCAUGUAUGCCAGGUACUUAAUCACAGCUCAUUUUCUCUCACUUUUUUCCGAGAAAGUGAGGACAAAAGUCAUGAUCUAUCGGAGUAGAGCAGAGAAAAUAGCAUAAGAAAUAGAAAAACUAUAGACAGUAUUCAAUUGAAGUGGUAGAAAAAGUAAUUUUACAGAAUGAGACAUGCGUGAACUAGGGAUGUUAAUUUAGUAUAAUUUUAGAAAAUAAAUAUAAACUCAUCAUCUAUAUUUAAAAAAUAAAGAUAAAUAAAGGAGAAAAACUUAAUUUUUAUAAAAUAAAGAUAAGUGAGUUUUAUCUUUACCUUUAUCUUCAAAAAACAGAGGUAAAAUAAAGAAAUAAAGAUUUUAUUUUUGCCGUUUUCAAGUGAAUUAACAAGCAGGGAAACCUUCGUAUGUCAUCGUUGAUGCCCUCACCCUCACUCUCACCUCAAAUCAUGAGUUUAUUAUUCUUCUUCAUUGUCCGAAUAAGUCGUUUUAACUCACGAUGAAUUAUCCAGAUCGACUAAAACUAACCUAUCUCGAAAAGAGAAGAUUGAAUAGAACAAGCGCAGGGAGUUCCAAGAAAAAAACCAUGGUCGCAGAAGAAGAAUACCAGCCAUUUAUUUCAUCUUUAUUUCUUUAUUUUGUGGUAUUAUGCCUACAGUUCAGAUGUUUUCAAUCAGAAACAUCUUCUGAAUAAAGUACUUCGUCUGUAUAAUAACAACAAAUUCUGUGGUCUUAGAACAUUCCACAUUUACUGCAUAUAUUCCAUAAAAUAAAAUCUUUAUUUCUGUAUUUUACCUUUUUCUUAAAAAUAAAUGAUCGAUUUAUCUUUAUUAUGUAAAUAUAAAUGACAAAUUUAUAUUUAUCCAUUAUUAUAAAUGAACAAUAAAACUAAAUUAACAUCCCUAAUGUUAAGCCCUAGAGAGAUAACAGAACUAAUAGAAACGUUGUGUGGAUAAUCCUACAUUCGAAAAUCCAUAACAUGUCUUCAUCUGUGGAGCCAUCUCCUCAUACUGAGUGAGAUUUUCAGGCAUCAGCUUGUCCUAUGAUAAGUUCCAACCUCCUUUUUCCUUUUAGAUGCCUCUUAAAAUAUACAUACACAUCGCCAGAUAGAAAGUUUUAUACAAAAUCUGGUGAUUUUAUCAGGACCUGUGCCCGAGAUUUACGGAUUUUACCAUACACUACGUUUAAGUGAAAAACGAAAGCUUUUCCUAAAAGUAGGGGGCGGCGCCCUUAAUAAUAUACCGACACAUCAAAAAUAGUGUGAUAACACAGUUAAUGUGCCCUGACGUCAUAGGAAUUUCUAGACAUAAAGUGAAUGAAACCUCGUUUAGGUGGAAAUAUUGCCAUUUUCCUUUUCUAUCACAAAGUUGUCGAUUUUUCAAGUUCAAAAUAUUUUUCUCUUCCAGCUAACGUUCAAAUCAGUUCAUUCGUGAGUAAGUUCAACGAAGCAUGUUGACUAAGCAAUAAGCUCUUAGAGUCUUACUGCAUUACAAGUGAGA